UACUAGUGGAAUACGAGUGGCCCAGUGCAAUGAUCCUCCUGGCUGUCGCGUGCACGGCCCACGCCGGCAACCUGGGCUCUCCUGCGGCACUAGGAUACGCGGUGCCCGGUUCUCCAUUCCUGGGCUACGGUCCCGCACCGUACGCGGUGCCCGCUGCCCCAGCAUACGCGCAGGGUCCUGCACCCGCUCCUGCUGCUGCUCCGCCGCCGCAGCCAAGGCCGCAGCCGGCCCCCUACUCCGCCCCGGCGGCACCAGUACGCUCACCUGCACCUGCACCUGCACCACGACCGGCGCCCAGCUACGCCUCACCGGCGCCCGGCUACGCCUCACCGGCGCCUGGCUAUGCCGCACCGGGGCCUCAGGCCAUUACGAGCUCGUACUCGAUCAAGACGGUGCACGGAGCACCCGUGGCGCCCGCCCCUGUUGCCCCAGCACCGGUGGCGGCUGCUCCAGCACCGGUUUCUGCCGCACCAGCGCCGGCCGCUUACGCCGCUGCUCCUGUGCACAGGGUGUUUGCCAAUCCCGGUGCGGCCGCAGCUCCGGUGGCGUAUGCACCACCAGCAGCAGGUAAGGUGUUCGGAGCUCCUGCCGUGGCCUCCUACGGACCGUACCCCGCCGUUGGCUACGCCGCUGCAGGACACUAUGGCAAAUAUUACGGAUAAUGUCCCACCUGCGAGCCGUUUCGGCAAGGACCAGCUGACCGUUGGUCAAAUUCGUUCUCCCACCGCCUGCAAUACUCGACGACGCCAAGUGCGUCACUCACUGCAACACGUCGUGCCACCGCACCUCAACUGCGACACAUAUAGCCAUCCAUCAUCACUGUCCCACUGCUGUAGCCAGAAAUAAAGUUCACGUUGCAAU